AUGGAGAAUGGGAGAUGGAGUCUGGGACUCAUAGUUUUGGCUUUUGUCUUUAUCACUUCCUCUUCUGCAGAGUUCCUCAUCCAACAGGUAACAGAAAGCAAAGUUUCCUCUGUUUCAGAAACAGAAUAUAAUAGUUCUUACAAUCUCAACACCAAUUUAGGAGUGACUAGUGUGUUGAGAGAAGCACGGCCAUCGAGCAAGAUAGUAACAAUAACAAGAUUCUCUGUGAUUAGGGAGAGAUUCGAGCCCUACGAAUCCUCUGUUUUUGAGGCUGCUGGUUACAAAUGGAGGCUGAUUUUGUAUGUGACUGGUAACAAAGCCGAUGGAGGAGAUAAUCAUAUAUCACUCUACGUGAGGAUCGAAGAUACACAGUCUCUUCCCAAAGGUUGGGAAGUCGAUGUUGAUCUCAAACUCUUUGUCCACAAUAUCAGACAACGCAAGUACUUGACUGUCACUGAUGAAGCGGUGAAGAGAUACAACGAGGCAAAUAAAGAGUGGGGAUAUGGACAGUUGAUCCCUCUUUCAACAUUCAACAACCCGAACGUUGGUUACAUUGUGCAGGACACUUGCUCUUUCGGUGCUGAGAUCUUUAUCGUUAAACCGGCCGAGCAACAAGAGAGAGUCACAUUUGUAUCAAACCCUCCGGACAACGUUUUCACUUGGAGGGUACGCCGUUUCUCCAGCUUGGAAGAUAAGUUCUAUUACUCGAGCGAAUUUCUCGUCGGAGACCGAUACUGGAGAUUAGGGUUUAACCCUAAAGGAACUGGAGAUGGAAGACCGCAUGCACUCCCUAUUUUCCUGUAUGCUCAAGGCUUUAAACCAAAUGCAGUCGCUACAACUACUUGGGGAGCGGUUAAUCUGCGGUUAAGGCAUCAGCUAGGCUCCAGCCACAAAAAAGCAUAUUCUGCAGCUUGGUACCCGAUUCGACCGGAUUACGGUGUGGGAGUAAACAAUAUAAUCUUGGUUAAAGAUCUACAAGGUGGAUAUUUGGUGAAUGAUUCCAUAGUCUUCGAAGCCGAAAUGGUUAUGGUUUCUGUGACCAACAUCGUCCCCACCUGA